CUGUGGAAUUUGGGCUUACCUGCUCUCGCAGCACACCCUCCCUCCCAUCAACAGCGAUCGACGUAUUGCGCAGCGAGCCGCGAACCGUCGACCCUGCUACCGUAGAACUACGUGUUUGUUAGCGGCCGCAGACGUCGCAGACAUCGCAGUCGCAGUCGCGCGACGCUAGCAUCCUUGCUUAGCUGACACAGCACAGUCAUGAUACGUGCCGGACAUGCCGGACAUGCCGCACAUUCCGUAUAUGCCGUAAAUGCUGGCGUGUUGCCACACGCAGGUAUCUGGAAGCGCAGUCGCACCGUCUCUGUCUUGCGCGAGCCGCUGCAGAGGUCUUCUAAGACUGGCAGUAUGCAGAUUAGGAUAGCUCCCGCACAUUAGUCCUCUGCUUGCUUCCUCUAGAAUUUAUCUUCUAGGCUCUCGUCGCCUACUAGUAGUAGGGUCAUUAUGGAAGUAUCAGUUGCUCUGUUACCGGAAAACGCGGACCUAGCACCUUUAUUAGUACUAGGCCCGGCUUCAAACUCCAAGCUGCGCGAAUGCAGGGAUUUGAAACUGUAGCGCGGCGCGGCGAGCUUGGAGCUUUCGGCAGUACUAGGUUUCUCGCAGCAGAGCAAAACGCGUGAUUUUCAACUGAGAAGAAUUUAUUUAAUCUACUUACGUUUUCGCGUCAUCAACCUGUUCUGUUCGGCCGUGGAAUUUCAUGGCAGAGGGGAACCCGAGUCGUCGCAGAGAGCAGCGGCGGGAACAACUUGAAGCACAAGAAACAGUACAACGACAGCACCUCUGCCGAGAUCGGCGGUACGCGGCGGCGACACCGUGUCUCCGAAGACGAGUCGGCGUCGGCGUCGUCUUCGCGACGGAGUUCGUCGUCGCCCGGCGCGGUUCUCUGCGACGAGGGCGAUUCGCAGAACCUGACGACGCCGUGAGUCGGCGACGGUCCUGGCGACAAUCACAGCGACACUCCCGGCGAGUCGCUGCGCGUCGUCGAGCUGGUCGUUGGGAUAGAGCCGCGAACGACGUCGAGUCGAUACGCGCCUUCGCUGUCACUGAGUCUUAUUCAAAGCAAAGCGAUCAGAGGCCGCCAGUGUGUCUGUAUCGCUGUCUGUAUCGCGGCAUGGGGUGUACUACACCUCUCGCCCUUGCCGCUGCCGUCGCUGUCGUCGUUGUGUCGUUCUCCUGUCUUGCUGGCGCCGCAACGGCCGCCACGGUGGCAACGGCCGUUGAAACACAACAGGCCGCGACGUUUCCGCCUGUCAGACGCAGCAGCGCGCGCAGCCGUGCCCGCGCUCCGGAACCUGCACUGCCCGCCCAGCCCGCCGUGCCUGACCAGUCAACCUGGCAUAGGGAAGUUGGAGGAGGAGGAGGAGGAGGAGGAGGAGGAGGAGGAGGAGGAGGAGGAGGAGGAGGAGGAGGAGGAGGAGGAGGAGGAGGAGGAGGAGGAGGAGGAGGAGGAGGAGGAGGAGGAGGAGGAGGAGGAGGAGGAGGAGGAGGAGGAGGAGGAGGAGGAGGAGGAGGAGGAGGAGGAGGAGGAGGAGGAGGAGGAGGAGGAGGAGGAGGAGGAGGAGGAGGAGGAGGAGGAGGAGGAGGAGGAAGAGAAGGGGGUGGGGACGCAUGGGUGUUUCGUGGGGACACAAGGGCCUUGAUAGGACGAGGGGGAGGAGGCACACGGAGGGCGAUGCUUGAAGAUGCAGUCAGCAGCGCAGUCCAUACUGCCAGAGGGUGUGCCGUGAAUCAGUACCCCUGCCCUGGCUCUGGGUGCAUGGCAGCAGGCGGCAUGCUGUGUGACGGCCGCCCCGACUGCACCGACAAGUCAGAUGAGGACCUAGACUACUGCGUGCAGAGGGGCUUCUGCCUGCAGUGCUCCUCCUCCCCAGGCUCCUGCACGCCCGGCGCUCUUUGCAACGGGGUGAAUGAGUGCCCGCACACACAGGACAAUGCUGGGUUGGCUUAUACCGAGGAUGAAGACCCUGAGAUCUGCCGGACGUUUGAGUGCCGGGAAGGGGCGGAGAUCAAAUGUGAGGACAGCUGGGCGUGCUUGGACAAAGACUUGUUUUGUAACGGGCAGAAUGACUGCCCGGUUACCGACUCCAGCGCGCGUUAUACUCCGGAUGAGGACCCGAGUUUUUGCCGAGAGUAUGAGUGCCCCCAAGGGUAUACCAAGUGCAGCAGCAGCAACGUGUGUCGCAGGGAAGGGGAUUUUUGUAACAGGCGUAAUGACUGCCCUGUAACGGACGGCUCAAUGCCGUAUACAGAUGACGAAGACCCGAAAUUCUGCGCGAAUUUCGCAUGUGCUGCUGGUUACCGCAACUGCAACAGCAGUAACACGUGCAUACCGGACUACCUUUUCUGCAACGGGGCAAACGACUGCCCUAAAACUAACAAGGCGUUGGCUUAUACCGAGGACGAGGACCCCCAGUUCUGCCGGACAUUCCCAUGCCGGUACUCCUCCGAGCGGCGGUGUGACAUUAGCUGGACGUGCAUAAAUCGAGCACUCUUCUGCGACGGCAAGAACAACUGCCCGGUGACAGACGCUUCCCGUCCAUACACGUUCGAUGAAUCCCCUUCUGUCUGCCAGUCCCACCGGUGCAAGCCCUCUCAGGUCAAGUGCGAGGGGUCGUAUGCAUGCAUAGACGCCUCUAAGAUGUGUGAUGGGAAGAAUGACUGCCCUAUUGUAAACGGAACUGCAGCUACGGGAUCCACAAGGGCUACGGGUACGGGAGUGACAGGAUCUGCUGCCUCCUCUCUGUUGUUUUCUCCUGAUGAGGACCCCAGGGUGUGCAGGGCGUGCGCACGGGCUGGAGAUGAGAUGUGCAGGAGCAGCAGGCAGUGCGUAGCUAAGAACCGGUGGUGCAAUGGCAUCAACGACUGCACGGUGAAUGCAAGCAAGACGCGGCCGUACACGGAUGAUGAGGACCCUGUUAUGUGCCGGGCGAGGGCGUGCGGCGAGGGGUACCGCAAGUGCCCCAACGGCGUGCAGUGCGUGCAUGAGAUGGCGUGGUGCGACGGCUUUGUGGACUGCAAGCUGCUUGGGAACUGGAGCGGAAGCAGCAGCAGCAGCAGCAACAGCAGCAGUGGUGGUGGUGGUGGUGGUGGUGGUGGUAGCAGUGGUGGCAGCAGCGGUAGCGGCAGCAGCAGUGCACCAUCAUCAUCACCAUCGGCAGCGUCAACAGCCCCACUGGUAUCAGCCAAGUACUGGGUGCGUGCGUCAUCGCCCAAUGUCUUGGACGAGGACCCUGCCUUCUGCCAGCAGUGGGCGUGCGUGGGCGCCGCCAUGGCCAAGUGCCCCCACAACCCCUACUGCGCCAGCACUGCCCUCUCCCGCAACGAGUUCACCCGCCAGUGCGCAGCCAUGAAUGCUCUCAGCAGCAGCAGCAGCAGCAGCAGCAGCAGCAGCAGCAGCAGCAGUGAGCCAUCAUCACCCCAGUCAGAGGGUUCGAGCCGGAAGAGACCAGGAGUGGGCGCCACAGCAUCUGGCACUGCAGGCACUGUCACUGGGGCUGCUGCUGCUGCCUCCCCUGGGAUUGCUGGUAAUGGGAGCUCCCCAAUGAGUCAGCAAGUAAAGAGCAUUAAUGCAUCCGAUACUGACAAGAGCAUGCCAGAAAAAAACAGCAGCAGUAUUUCGGCCCUGCCAAAUUCUAACUUGCAUACAGAUGCCAGUAGUAGCAGCAAACAAGCAGGUGACCCAGUCGUGCCAGCACCGGCACCAGCAGCAGCAGCAGCAGCAGCAGCAGCCCUGAUUGCAGUACCCAUCCCCGCAGCUGUAGCUGCAUCCGUGCCAUCUCCAGUAGUAGGUAGUGUGAAGAAAGAGCCUGGCAGUUCAAGAAAGGCGGUUGGAGGUUCUAAAAAGGCGGCGGCAGAUGCAGCUAAAAAGGUUGCUGACAAAGUGAAGGCGUCGAUGCGUAAAAGGAAGCAAUGAUGAACCAGCCUCAUAAAAAAAAUUUCGUAUAAUGGUGGCUGUAUAAUUCUAGGGGUUGGUUGUUGCUUUUAGCAAAGCCAAAUCAAGUCUUGCAUCACAA